AUGUCAAUGAGCGCUUCCUCAUCUUUUACAAGAAACAAAUUCCUUCAAAGAGCAAUACCUAUCAAUGUUGAUAUCGAUGAUGAGGAAUUGAAAACAUCGCAAUCAAAACUGUUGAAACCAAUGGCUUCAUUUCCUCAAAAUGAAGUGCAAUCAAACAGCAAGCACAAUCACAAGUUGUCAAGACAUGGACAAAGCUCUCUCUCGUCAAUGCCAAAGAAGAGCAAAAAAAUAGUCUUCUAUGAUGAGGGAAAAAUAGUGAGCGGUAAAUCCAGAACCAGCAGUCGAGAAUCUAAUUCAUCACUGGAGGAUGAUGAGCGCAACUCAUCUUUGUUUUCUUCUUCAUCAGAAGACGACGAAGCAUUUAUUAGAGCUCAGGAACAAGCACGUGUCGAAUACAGACGAGCCGAUGAAGAGGAAUUAAAACCAACACCAAGUGCAUCUCUCCCAUUGGGACUGAAUUUACAUGAAAAUAAUUGUUUCGACAUUCCUUCCUCCGGUUUUGAUGAGUUGUUUUUGGAUCCCAAUUUAAUGGCUCUGGAGGAAUACCUCUCCGAAGCAAAAUUGCGAGCAGCUACCGGGGAGAACAACCUUCAUAAUGUUAAACAUCUCGAAAUUAUUGUAAAUACAACUAAUAAUUCAUUGGGAGAUAUUGGUGACAAACUAUGCAAUUUGGAAGAAUUGAAACUAAACGGGAGUACGAUUCCAUCAAUUAGAGACUUAGGAACCAGUCUCAGGAAUAUCAGAAUUUUAUGGCUUUCUCGGUGUGGCAUCAAAGAGCUGGACGGCAUUUCUACAUUUUCAAAAUUACGAGAACUGUAUUUAUCUUUCAACGAUAUUGAUGACAUUUCUGAUCUUGCAGGAAUGGAAGAAUUAGAGAUUUUAGAUUUAGAGGGAAAUAAUAUUGAUGAUGAGUCACAACUAGUUUAUCUUCAAGAUUGUCGAAAACUUACAAGUUUAACACUUUCAGGAAAUCCAAUGCUGGUUAAACUUAGUGGUGCCAAGUAUAGAUCUGUUGUGAGAGAGACUUUACCUACACUCGAAUAUCUCGAUGACCUAUCUUUAUAUGAUGACUCUGUUAGGGGUGGUGUAAGUCCAAUCAAAAAAGAAGAGGCAAUGCCUUCGUUAGAAGAUUUGGAAAGUGAAUUUGAAAUGCUCAAAAAGUCGAUCAAGCUCACCAAGGUCGAAUCACUAGAUGAAGGCCUUAGCGAAAAUCCAUUAAUUUUGACAAUAAGCACUAGACUCUACAAUCCUGCCGAUAAUAACAUGAUAAGAAAUAUUACUCCAACGACACCAAGACUAGAUGGAGAUCGUCCACAGUCAGCUUCGUUCUUUCACAGGCCAUCAACAUCUUCAUCCCUGGCAAGAAGCAUGACAAGAAGUAGGAUGGGAAUGAGACCAAGUACAUCUCAAGGGAGACCCAUCACGGCCAUGUCGCUCUCUCAAUCAAGACCAAUGACUGCUUCCUCUAUGAUGUUGAACAGACCAAUGACUGCUUCUUCUGAAAAACAGCCUCAAAACAUUCCUUUCACCAUUUUACAAUCCAAGAAAGACGAAAAUGAAGAUGCAAGCAGUCACCUGACUUUCAAAGCGACAGAUGUGUUUUGUGGAAAUAUAGCAAAAGGUUUGAAGAAGAAAAAGAAAGAGGAACCCCUAUUCUUGGCUCAUGAAGGAUAUGUGGAGUUAGACAUUUUGGCAGAAGUUCAGAAACAUAAGCUCAACACAUUAGAUGAGCCAAAUGAAGAGUUGGAAGAAUUUCUGAACGAAGUUUAUGAUGGUGUCGAUGUAGAAAUAUUAGACGACGAGCGAACAAUCAAAAAAGAGAAGAAGAAAAAGCCAAAAGCAGAAUCAUGCGUACCAUUAUACGACGACAUUAUUUUCAAUGAGGAUCACCAGCCCAAAUUAAGAAAGAACAAAAGGUGA